CAAUUACUAGUUCUUAUCUAAAUCUUCCUCACCUACUAGUGAAAUCUUCACCUCUUUCAACCAGCAAAAGCCCCCAUUAUGAGCUUCAGUGCUUAAUUCUACGUGGAUGCUAUAAAAUUUGAGCUGAAGAUGGCGAAGAAACCUCGAAGCACUAGUCUCAUAUCUUGCAUGUUGAUCAUCAUUUUCUCAAUCAUCUCAUAUCGUAGCUAUGCUUUGGUUGAUUAUGAUGAUCGGGCUGAAGUUGAACUUCUAUUGUCCUUCAAGGCUGCCGUCGUCCACGACCCUUCACACUCCCUCUCAAGCUGGAGCAACUCCACGGCAAAAAAUCUAUGCAAUUGGCACGGCGUUUCAUGUAUUGGUGGUGGUGUCAACUCGUCGCACGUCAACGCCAUCGAUCUCUCUGGAAGAAACAUCUCUGGCAGAUUAUCGUCUUCACUAUUUCACUUGUCACUCCUAGAAAAAAUCGACCUCUCCAACAAUCAGCUACAAGGCCAAGUUCCUCAUGAUGCAUUCACCAGCUCAAGUUCCAUUCGACAUCUCAAUCUCAGCAACAAUAACCUAACCGGUCAAAUCCCACAAGGUUCACUUGCGGGUAUGGAGACACUGGACUUGUGUAACAACAUGAUUUCGGGAAAUAUACCCGAAAGCAUUGGUUCGUUCUCCAGCUUGAAGUUUCUUGAUCUUGGUGGUAAUCUUUUAGCAGGAGAAAUUCCAAUUUCCAUGUCAAAUAUGGCUAACUUGGAGUACUUGACCUUGGCUUCGAACCAACUAACUGGCAAAGUUCCGAGCCAGUUAGGCCAAGUCAGGAACUUGAAGUUGAUAUACUUGGGCUACAACAAUCUCUCCGGUGAAAUCCCGCAAGAGAUUGGUAAGCUUGCUGCUUUGAAUCAUCUUGAUCUUGUUUUCAACAAUCUCACCGGCAAAAUCCCGGAUUCUCUAGGAAACCUUACUGAGCUCCAUUAUCUCUUCCUCUACGGAAACAAGCUCACAGGUCCACUUCCUGAAUCCAUUUUUGGUCUCCGGAAGCUUGUCUCACUUGAUCUUAGUGAGAAUUAUCUUUCGAGUGAAAUUUCUGAAGCUAUCAGUCAGCUACAGAAACUUGAAAUUCUUCAUCUUUUCGCAAACAACUUUGCCGGAAAGAUUCCAAAAUCCCUUGCUUCCUUGCCUCGUCUGCAAGUCCUUCAGCUGUGGUCGAACAAGUUCUCAGGGGAGAUUCCGGAUGAUCUUGGAAAGCAGAGCAAUCUCACUGUUGUAGAUUUAUCUACAAACUACCUCACCGGAAUAGUACCCGAUUCCCUAUGCUACUCGGGGAAACUUUUCAAACUCAUUCUCUUUUCCAAUUCUCUUGAAGGUGAUUUCACAAAAAGUCUGGCUUCUUGCAAGAGCUUAGGCCGAGUUCGAGUUCAAAACAACCGGCUCUCCGGUGAAAUAUCAGCCGAUUUUGUACAGCUUCCGUUUGUGUACUUCUUGGAUGUCUCGGGCAAUAAUAUUUCCGGGAGAAUUGAUAACAAAAAGUGGGAUCUGCCUUCACUUCAAAUGCUGAAUAUCGCGAGAAAUAGGCUUUUCGGCAACUUACCGGAGUCCUUCGGCAGCGACAAGCUCGAGAACUUAGACUUGUCUGAAAAUCAUUUAUCGGGAAAUAUCUCCUUGAAUUUCAGGAACUUAUCGGAGCUGAUGCAGUUAAAGCUUUCUCAAAACAAAUUCUCCGGUACCAUCCCUCAACAAUUGUCUUCGUGUCAAAAACUCGUGAGCCUAGACCUCAGCCGCAACCAGCUUAUCGGCACAAUUCCGAUCAGCCUCUCUGAGAUGCCAGUUCUUGGACAGCUUGAUUUAUCCCAUAACCAACUUUCCGGCGUAAUUCCACCAAACCUAGGCGUGAUCAUGUCGCUUGUUCAAGUGAACAUUUCUCACAACCACCUUCAUGGAAACUUGCCUUCUACAGGAGCAUUUCUUGCCAUAAAUGCGAGCUCGGUGGCCGGGAACAACCUUUGUGGCGGCGACACCACGACUGGUUUGCCACCAUGCAAGCGGAAAAGCGUAAGAAACAACUCCACGUGGUGGUUUAUUCUCACUUGCUUUCUCGUUGCUUUAGCUGCUUUUGGCGUUGCUGGUUUUGUCGUUGUUUACAUUCGGAGACGAAAGGAUUUGGAGCUUAAAACUGUGGACAGUGAAGAUGAAAUUUGGAAAGUGCAAUUCUUUGAGCCUAAAAUUUCAAGAUCAGUUUCAGUAGAGGAUAUUUUGUCAGCAGCUAAACAGAGUAAUGUCAUUUCAAUUGGCAACAAAGGUGCACAAUUUGUUGUAAAAGAGGAUGCUGUGAAUUCUAUUUCACCAACAUUUUGGUCUAAACUGGCGGAAUUCGGACACCUUCAGCAUCCCAACAUUAUCCGGUUGAUCGGAAUAUGCCAAUCUGAAAAGAGCACAUAUGUCAUUCACGAAUAUUGCGAAGGGAAAGCAUUGUGUCAAAUUUUGAGGAAUGUGAACUGGGAGCAACGACGGAAGAUUGCCGUUGGGAUCGCAAGAGCUCUACGGUUCUUGCACGUCUCUUGCUCUCCGAGUGUGGUCAUAGGUUGUGUGUCUCCUGAGAAAGUAAUCGUUGACGCAAAAGAUGAGCCUCGUCUUUGGUUGAGUAUUCCCCUUCUCAGAGACUCCAAGGGUUUUGUUUCUUCUGCAUAUAUUGCUCCAGAAGUUAAAGAAAGCAAAGACUUCACCGAGAAAAGUGACAUCUAUGGUUUUGGUUUAGUCCUCAUCGAAUUACUGACCGGAAAAUGCCCCGCCGACAUAGAGUUGGGUGGACACGAGAGCAUUGUUCAGUGGGCAAGGUAUUGCUACUCGGAUUGCCAUCUUGAUAUGUGGACCGACCAGAUGAUCCGAGGGCACGUAUUGAAGAAUCAGAAUGAAAUUGUUGAAAUCAUGAACCUAGCCCUGCACUGUACUGCUGGUGACCCCAUGGCUAGACCAUCUGCAAAUGAACUAUACAAAACCCUAGACUCUGUAAGGAAGACAAAUUCUUGUGUUGCAGUAAACUUAUAGUUUCUUCACCUUUUUGAUAAUUUCGUAAGCAUAGAUUUGUGUCCACCCUUUUCGUCUUAAUUUCAUUGGGUUUUCUGGUAUCAUAAGAAUGUGUUAAUUAAUUAAUUAAUUAUCACCUUUUGCUGUAUUUGUAACAUAAGGUGCUAAUUAAUUGUUACAUGUGUAUUAUUGUUUGAUGGCAUGGUAUGUGCAUUGAACAUACUAUACCGAUCGAUCGAGUGUAAAAUUGUAGAUAUAUAAGGUUGU